UAGCUGCACCUUAGCCAGGUUGAUGCAGAAAGGCAGCACUACAGGAACCAAGUACAGCAGUCUAAGGAUACUGUGGCACAACAAGGUAUCCGUCAGCUGCAGCAUACUCCUCCAAAUGCUCAAGAUUUCACUAUGCACUAUUCUUUUGAUUUUGCCCAACAGUUGCAUUAUCCCAGCAAUGCUGCACAACCAGGACCAAUUUAUUUUUUAACACCAAGGAAAUGUGCCAUAUUCGGUAUCUGUUGUGAGGCACUGCCUCAACAGGUUAAUUAUCUAAUUGAUGAAAGUGUCAAUUGCUCUAAAGGUUCAAAUGCUGUUAUUAGUUUUUUGCAUCACUUUUUUGAGACAUUUGGCCUGGGAGAGAAGAGUGUCCACCUGCAUUGUGAUAAUUGUUCAGGUCAAAACAAAAACAGAUAUGUUUUAUAUUAUUUUUGUUGGCGAGUUAUGAGAGGCAUGCACACAGAGGUUACACUUAACUUUAUGCCUCCAGGCCACACAAAAUUUGCCCCAGAUUGGUGUUUUGGUCUCUUAAAGAAAUGUUUUCGAAGAUCUGAAGUGUCAUGUUUGAAUGAUUUGUGUUCAGUGGUGAGAGAAAGUACACCAGUGUCUAAAGUGAACAUUCCUCAGCUUGUUGGACAGGAGAAUGGCAUUGUACAUGUUCCCACGUACAAUUGGCAGGCAUACUUUAACCCUGUGUGUAAGCAGGACGGGGAUAAAAAAAUAUCACAUAUGCGGUUUUCAGCCACUAACCCAGGCCGCGUCUUUUACAAAUCAUCUUUGGCUGAAGAUGAACUUCAUGUGGACUUGACAUCAGUAGAACAACAUGCGCAGCUGCAAAAUAUGCCAGAGAGAAUUGAACCCCCUGGACUUUCUUAUGAACGUAAACUUUAUCUGUAUCAGAAUAUCAGGCAAUUUGUCAGGGAGUACCAAAAGGAUGUUGUUUGCCCAAACCCUAACUGAAAGGGUACAUGUAUGACAUAAUUCCAUAUUUUAUGUGGCUCAAGUAAAUUAGGACAGUGUUGAUCUGAACUGUUGCUAAUGUGUUGUAUUUUACUCUUAGCUUUAAACCAAGAAAUUGUGUCAUCUUGUUUACAGCCUGUCACCCGACCUGAGCAUUUUUAAAUGUUUUGCAUUUGUUGCACACUUGUGUGAAAAUAUUUCAACUGUUCUUAAAAUAAAUACUCUGUUUUUGUCAUUGACAGCUCUUUGAAGCAAAUGAAAUUCACUAAAUCUAUGAUUUGUAAUGAAAUGAAGUGUAGUGCAUUUAUCUGUAAGUGACAGUUUUUGAUAGCAAAUUCAACUUGGAUUUCAAAGAGACAAGAUUAUGUAUUAAGUGAAAAUGUAGGUAUGAUCACAUGUAAUUUUGUUAUCAGAGUGUUUGUUUCACAUAAAAUGUAUCUGAUUUUUAAAAUAUUGUAAUAAAGAAUAUGUUUACUGAGGUAUUGCUUAAAUUAUGCAUGUUACCCAUCUCUCUCCACUGAAUGGUUUAAAUUCAAGACCCCCUCCCCCCCAUAUCACCACACAUAUAGAAAUAAAAUGGUGCUUUUGUCUUGUGGAUAUAAAUUGUCU